GUAAGGUUUGCCAAUUUCGAUAGCCAAACAAGGCUUUUCAAGAGUUUCUAUUCCUCUCUUUUUCUCUCUCUCUCUACCUCCUAAUUCCUCCUUUUUUGUACUGUGACAACAAUGGCGGCUACUGCUUCGACUCGCAGAUCAAGCGGGCCAGUGGUCCGAUCACUCUCUCCUUCAGGAAGAUUCUACUCUCCACGUGCUAAUACGUCGUUCUCUUCGUCUGCGGCUUUUGCUUCGUCCAGUUCAAGUUUCUCCUCCCGAUCCACAACCUUUUUCAAUAGAUCAACUUCUCCAACUCGUGUGAACAUGUAUGGGUUGGCUUCAUCGGCGCCGUCCGUACACCUCUCUCUUGACCGCCCGAUUUCACCGAACCGGUCGAUCUCGGUCUCGGCUAGGAAUCAAGGAGUGAAAAAGCAGACCAACAACCAGACGGCGUCGUGUCGGAAAAGAACUUGUAUGUGUUCCCCGACGACACAUCCUGGCUCGUUUCGGUGUAGUUUCCAUAAGAAUUUGGCAAACUCUCAGACGGUGUCGUAUAGCUCGAAUCGGUUGAACGCCAGGAGGUCGGCGAUGACGAACUCGCUGGUGAGAAUCGGUACCGUCGAAGGCGAUUUGGUGAAGAGAGCUUUGUCGGCGUUGAUUCGGCCUUCUUCGCAUCAGCAAAAACGGCGAGCCGCGUUUCAGCCGAGGCCGAGUCGGCUUUCGGUCAUGUCUAAAGGAGAUUUGUUAUGAUGAAAGCCGGCGAAAGUUUCAUGUUUCUCAGCAGACUCAGCUGACGUCAGAUGGCGGUUAUUGUGCGGUGGUGACGUCAGAUCCCGGUGUGGAGGUGGAGGUCGGACGGAUUGGUUUUUUGUGUGCUCCGGUGACCGAAACCCUAAAAAUUCAAAUAGAGGACUUCUGUAUGUACAUACAUACAUAAUAAAUGCAUAUAUAUCAAAGCCAUUGAAGGCAGUUCUAUAAGCUUGCAGAACAAUCUAGUUUUCAGCCUAAUCACAUUAAAUUAAUUGCAAUCAAAUUGGCCUUAAUCAUGUUUAAUCAGAAUUAAUUUCUGAAAAGAAUUGACAUAUUAUUUUAAUUUAUUUCUUUAUCUAAUCGGUGUUGUUGAUCAGAUACCAGUCUAUACGUUCUCGAUUGUUGUGUAAUGGAACUUUCUUGAUUGAUGUGCCGCUUCGUUAAGUUUGACGUGUGGCUUGAAGGUUGUAGUUAAUUCCGUUUGUACGUAUUGUCAUCGUACAUAAAGACUAACACGUGUAUUCUUCUGGAGGUUAAGCUAUCUGUUUAUAUUUCUAUUUGUUAUUUUAAUUAUUUUUUAUUCUAUUGAAAUAAUGAUUUUUUUUUUUUUUGCAGGUAAUUUCUGGUUGGUUGGAAUUUGAAUUUUGUUAUGAAUUGGACCACCAUUGACUUGGAUGGAUCUAUUGGCGCUAAGGAGAUUGGGACCAACUGUUCAAUAAACCAAACCUUACUUAGGAUUCGUUUGUUCAGCAAACAAAUGAUAGAAAAUAUAAGAAAAAAGAAAUUUUUUAAAAUUUUUAUGUAUUUGGUUAGCACAAAA